GAGCGUUUACAUAUCUGCUGGCAGAAUGGGAGGAACACGUCUAGCAAGAGGCUCCAAGAAUCUGCACUUUGCUCUGCUGGCCCUCGUUAUUUCUCUUCUCCAAUCAGCAUUCGGACGGGAGUUGAAAUUUGUGAUUUUAAUUUAUCGACAUGGAGAUAGAAGUCCUAUCGAAAACUAUCCCAAUGGCUUACACAGUGAAAGUGAAUGGCCACAGGGAUUUGGGCAACUGACUCAGAUUGGAAUGAAGCAACAGUAUGAGCUUGGACAAUACAUAAAGAAGAGAUAUUCAAACUUUCUGAGUGCCAGUUACAAAAGAGAGGAGAUCUUAAUUCAGAGCACUGAAAUUGAUCGAACCAUCAUGAGCGCCCAGGCAAAUCUUGCUGGUCUGUUCCCACCUACUGGUGAUCAAAUCUGGAAUCCUGAACUCCUGUGGCAACCAGUCCCAGUACAUGUAGUUCCAAAGGCCAGCAAUCCAAAAUUACGUUAUCCAAAUUUUCAAUGUCCACGCUACAGAGAACUUUUGAAGAAAACAAUGGCAUCAAAUGAAUUCCAGGAAAAAAUUAAACCAUAUGAGGAAUUCAUCGAAACAAUAGCUUACUAUUCAGGAUAUGAUGCUCCCGUUCUCAAAUAUCCCACAAAUUUUAAAAUCUGGCAUGUACAGGAUACCCUGUUCUGUGAGUCUAUUCACAAUUUUACGUUACCUGAAUGGGCUACUGAAGAUGUAAUGGCAAAGUUGACAGAGCUUACUGAAUUAUCCUUGUCAUCACUGUUUGGUAUUUACAAAAGAGAAGAAAAAGCACGGCUGCAAGGAGGUCUCCUUGUGAAAUAUAUUCUACAACAGUUCUCAGAAGCUCGAUUUCCACAGAAAAGAAAGAUGGUAGUCUAUUCUGCACAUGACACUACUCUUGGUGCCCUGCAGAUGGCACUCAAUACAUACAAUAAUAAACUACCACCUUACGCUUCUUGCCAGAUUUUUGAACAGUAUGAAGAAGAAAAUGGAGUUCACACUAUUGAAAUGUAUUUUCGAAAUGACACUUCAAAAGAACCCUACCCAGUCACUCUACCUGGCUGCUCAUCUGCAUGUCCACUAUCACAGUUUGCAGAACUGGUUUCUCCUAUCUUGGUAGACAACUGGGAAAAAGAAUGUAAGAAGACAGACAGAGAUGAAGGUAAUAUUAUUAUUAAAUAUUAUUAAACCUUAUUAUUGCUG